AUGGGCUUGUUUCCUGAAUUCUCAGACUUUUUUAUAGGAUAUGCAUCAUAUCACUGGAAUCCAGUAAAUAAAUUUAUUCACAUAAUUUGCAUUCCUAUGAUUCUUUCUUCUUCUCUUGGUUUGAUGAAUCAUUUAGGAAUUCAUAUUCCAAAUCCUUUCAUUGAUAAUCCUCUCUUCAAUUUAAAUCCUUCAUUCUUAUUGAUAUUAUGUAUCAGCUUAGCUUACUUAAGCAUCGAUUUCGCUACUGGAUUCAUUUCUACAUGCUUUUACUUUGGCCAUUGGUUAGCUAAUAACUAUCUCUAUUAGUAUUCUAUCUAAAACAAUUUAACAAAUAUGCAUUUCAAGGUUGCUCUUGGUAUUCACAUUGUUUGCUGGAUCGCUCAAUUCGUUGGACAUGGAUUCUUCGAAAGAAGAGCUCCUGCUUUGCUAGAUAACUUAUUGUACACUUUGGUUGCUCCUAACUUUGUCAUUAUUGAAAUCUUCUUUGAUUUAGGAUACAAGAAAGACGUUUAUAAGAAAUGCAAAAAGUAGGUUUUAAAAAAUAUUGAAGAAUUCUAAAACAAAAGAAAAUCAGCUGCUAAGAAGACUUCAUGA